AUGGGCGAAAGACUGAACGAUGGUGCUCACCAGGAACUCUACGAUGCUGGGAUGACGAUGAGGCGCAAGGUUAUGGGGGACGAGUACGUCGAUAAUCAGCUCGCGAAGGGCACUUCGGAUUUUAUGAAGCCGAUGCAAGAGCUCGUCACAGAGGCAGCCUGGGGUACGAUAUGGACGCGGCCAGGCCUGGAAUUGAAGCAGCGCAGCUUGAUCGUCAUCGCCCUGCUCGCAUCCCAAGGGAAGGAGGCGGAGCUCGCAGGCCAUAUCCGGGGUGCUGUGAACAACGGCGCGAGCGAAAUCGAGGUUUGUGAGACGCUCUUGCAGACUGCGACCUACAGCGGCAUACCGACUGGAAUGUCGAGCUUUCGUGUAGCAGAAGACGUCAUCCGCAAGCUGAAGGAAGAAGGAAAACUUCCGUGA